CAUGAGAAGCCUCACAUUCCCCUGUUUCUUACGCCACCGAAUCUCAAUAUUUUCCGGCACCGGUUCUCCUCUAACCGCCGUGCGGCUCUCAUCUUUGGCCACUGAUUUAGAGUUACCGCCGAUAACUUCUGAUAUUUUGCUUGACUCAAUAAAAUCUUCUCAGUGGCAUAUCGUCGAACACCUUUCGGACAAGUUCACACCUUCCCUUCUAUCAACAACUCUGCUCAAUCUCGUCAAGACUCCUGAUUUAGCAUUGGGUUUCGUCAACCACAUCGACCUUCGUUGCCUGGACUUUCAAACACAGUGUCUAGCCAUCGCUGUUGUCUCUAAGCUCUCUUCUCCUAAACCCGUUACUCAGUUGCUGAAAGAAGUUGUAAGUAGUCGUAAGAACUCAAUUAGAGACCUUUUCGAUGAAUUGGUACUUGCCCGUGAUCGAUUAGAGACUAAAAGCACGAUUCUUUUCGAUUUCCUGGUCAGAUGUUGUUGUCAAUUGAGAAUGGUGGAUGAAGCUAUAGAGUGCUUUUACUUGAUGAAGGAGAAAGGUUUUGAUCCCAAAACUGAAACUUGUAAUUGCAUUUUGAGUUUGUUGUCAAGGUUGAAUCGUACAGAGAGUGCUUGGGUCUUCUAUGCUGAUAUGUAUAGGAUGGAAAUUAAGUCGAAUGUGUAUACUUUCAAUAUAAUGAUCAAUGUACUGUGCAAAGAAGGGAAAUUGAAGAAGGCCAAAGAGUUUUUAUGGAUCAUGGAGAGUUUUGGAAGUAAGCCUACUGUUGUUACUUACAACACUCUUGUUAAAGGGUAUUCUUCGAGAGGACGAAUCGAAGGGGCUCGUUUGAUUAUUAAUGAAAUGAAAUCUAAAGGCUUUCAACCUGAUUUGCAGACAUAUAACCCGAUUUUGUCUUGGAUGUGUAAUGAAGGAAGAGCUUCUGAGGUGUUGAGGGAGAUGAAGGAGAUUGGUUUGGUUCCGGACUCUGUUUCGUAUAAUAUAUUGAUCCGUGGUUGUAGUAACAAUGGGGAUUUGGAGACGGCUUUUGCUUACAGGGAUGAGAUGGUGAAACAAGGUAUGGAGCCGACGUUUUAUACUUACAACACAUUGAUUCAUGGUUUGUUCAUGGAGAAUAAGAUAGAAGCUGCGGAAAUAUUGAUAAGGGAGAUUAGAGAGAAGGGUAUUGCCCUGGAUUCUGUUACUUACAAUAUACUCAUAAAUGGAUAUUGCCAGCAUGGAGAUGCAAAGAAAGCGUUUGCUUUGUACGACGAAAUGCUGACCGAUGGAAUUCAGCCUACACAGUUUACUUAUACAUCGCUUAUUUAUGUCCUAUGUAGAAGAAAUAAAACGAGGGAAGCCGACGAGUUGUUUGAGAAAGUUGUAGGCAUGGGAGUGAAGCCUGAUCUUGUGAUGAUGAACACCUUGAUGGAUGGUCACUGUGCUAGUGGCAACAUGGCCCGUGCAUUUUCACUGCUUAAGGAGAUGGAUAGGCUGAAUGUCAAUCCUGAUGAUGUUACAUACAAUUGCUUGAUGCGAGGGCUCUGUGGAAAAGGAAAUAUUGAGGAAGCUCGUGAGCUGAUGGGGGAGAUGAAGAGAAGAGGAAUCAAACCUGACCACAUUAGUUACAACACCCUAAUAAGUGGGUAUAGUAAGAAAGGGGAUACAAAGCAUGCUUUUAUGGUUCGGGAUGAGAUGCUGAGUCUCGGGUUUAAUCCUACUCUUCUCACCUACAAUGCUCUGUUAAAGGGUUUGAGUAAAAACCAGGAAGGUGAGCUUGCAGAGGAGCUACUAAGGGAGAUGAAGAGUGAAGGCAUUACUCCUAAUGACAGCUCUUUCUGUUCUGUCAUCGAGGCAAUGUCUAGUUUGGAUGCAGAAAAAUCUGAUAGUUGAUUGGGCAUGACAUACUAAAGACCAUUGUAAGCUUAGGCCAUGAUCUUUCUCACCUAAAAGAUUGAUUCUCAUCUGCUGAUAGUCAUCAGUAAGGAAGAUCUGCGGUGAGCCGUGAGGCUCCACAAACUCAUCUGAUAUCAUGACAGCUUUCAAUGAUCUCUGCCUAUGGUGAAUACUGUAACCUGGUCGUUUGAGAUACAAAUUAGCCCAAGAAACUUGAUUGUUCUAAGUUAUAAUGUAACAUUUACAUAUGGUUCACAGGUUCUGCUGCCUUUUUUUAGUUUUUAAUCUUUUUUUCAGAAACUUGAUUCAUUUCAGAAGUUCAACUGAUUUGAUUCCUGAAUGAGAUUAAAACUGGGCACA